AUGGCAGCUUUCCUGCGCAGCCAUGGGUUAGACUCCCAAAGGAAGUCCUUCGUGAUUUGCCCAAUUUUCGCGGGGCUGGCCUACCUUGUCGGCAAUUGUGGUUUGUGCCUGCUCUGCCUCAUUUUCAUUUACUCGCUGUCACUGAUGCCCGUGUUUCCGUACGGCGGGAUGGUGAUGUCCGCACUGGCUUUUCCAUGCUUGACAAGCCUCGUGUAUGUUAUUCUACUACACUAUCGCAAUGUCGACACCGUGCAGAGACAGUUGCGGCAUUUCAAGAUUCGAGACGCCUCUAGUGCCUGCUGUGCCUGUAACCAUGUUAAUCCAGAAACGGGCGAGCAGAUGUUCUGCGACCGCAACAUCAUUCUCCGGUGCAUUUCAGCAUGGUUCGGUUCCACGCAUGACUUCGAGUCUGUCGUUCGAGGAAGGCUGCGAGAUGCGCUCGUGGGGGAACUGGCCAACCGCACCUUCACAUAUUGGCGCAUCGUGCAGGCAACCUGCCCCGUCCUGUGGAUGGGACUGGACCUCUUGACAAACGACAUCGUUGAGACACCGAACAUUAUCCUCAGCAUUAUACUGUAUUGGCUUAUUCUUGUCCCAAACGUAGCUCUAGUUGUGCUCCGACUAUGCUACAUGGCCAAGCUUCUGUGCGAUGGUAGGUUCGCGCGCGCCUUGCUCGCCAUCGGGUUCGUGGCCACUGGUGUGCUCAUGUUCGGCACCUGCUUCGCAUCUCAGAUGAUAUAUCUUCCUUAUUUUCUGCGUCAGUAUUUCGGUCCGGAUCCAACGAAGCACGCACCUGCAUGGGUGCUAUCUACGGUGGUGCAUAUCUGCAUUCUUGGCCCUUGCAGCCUUCUUCUAUGGCGGCGUGUGCCAGAGAUUCAUGCAGAAAGCCCCUCUGCGAGCAGCGGCGGAUGA